AUGUCCAGCCUCCUAGGCCAGAUGCUUUCUGGCUACUUUCAGGCGGCUCUGUUCCGCAGUAGGGAGGGUAAAGGGGGAAUGUUAUCGUGGCGAUGGCUCGUCAUUUUCGACUUCCUCCUAGCCGUGCCCGUAGCCGUCUACGCAUCAUUUUCUAUCCAGACACACCCGAGAACACCACCGCAUUCUACCUCUCCCAAGGCGAGAGAGUACGGGCACGUACAAGAAUCGGAGAAGAAGGGCGUACACCAGUCGCGAAAAUGGAUAGCACAGUAUUCAAGCGUAUCCUCACCUCCUGGCAACUCUACACCUUCUCCUUAG